ACAAGAUGGAGAGGCGUCUUGAGUGCCAAAUCUCUGCAAUCCCAGAACGCAGUGGACUGCAGGGUGGCCCCGUCUACAACCCUAGAGCGGCUCAGAGUACCACAUAGCAGCCAAGUCUAGCGGGGCGGGCGGAGGGCAUUGUUUGAGGAGGUCACCCUGGAGACCAGUCGCGGAGUUCAGGGGGAGUGCGCCGGCAGCCGCUGGCAGAGGGAGACCUGGCAGACAGAGCCAGGCUGCUUGCCCCGUGCCCGCAGUGAAUGAGCCGAAGUCCAGGUGGCCCCCUGCAGAGCAGCUCUCGCCACCCUAGCUGGGCUGUAGUGUGAUGAUGUCAGACUUCCCUAAGGACAAAGCUGCUCGUACUCUGAGGAAAGGUGGGAGCGUGGACUCUCCAAGUGGUCAUGAUUUCCGCCGGAAGGAAGGUCCUGGGCGCACCAGAGACUCUAUGAGUACCGUGUCUUAUAUGGAUGAACCAGGCCAACGUGACGAGGUCUCUCGCCUUCCAGUCCAGAUGGAGAACACCUACCAGUUGGGUCCUAUCAAACAUUUUCCUGUGGUCACUGUUAAUCAUAUCUUGCAAGAUGUGUUGACUGACUAUCUGCAAAAAGAAGAAUAUGAACCAGAGUUCUGCAGACAGAUAACUAAAACAAUUUCAGAGGUUAUUAAAGCCCGGGUCAAGGAAUUGAUGAUUCCACGGUACAAACUAAUUGUAAUGAUUCACAUUGGACAACUGAAUGGUCAGAGCAUACUUAUUGGAAGCAGAUGCCUCUGGGAUCCUAAAAGUGAUACAGUUUCAUCCUAUGUUUUCAGAAAUUCUUCUCUCUUUGCUCUUGCAAAUGUCUACGCAGUUUACUUUGAGUGAUUGAAA